UGUCAGAGUUAGAGUUAUCCGAUCCGGUGUUAUAUUGCGCUUAUCAUCAUUCAUCACUAAAUCAUUUACAAGCUUGUGUGUUAGCUCAUUACAAGAGCUGAUAUUUGUGGGCGGUCUAACACCUUACCAAAACUAAAAAUUGAAGAUGGUUACUCGCGUAGAAAUCAAAGGGAUGGACGCAUUCUCAAAGUUCACCGAAGACAUCGAUAGUUCGGGACCGCCGGUGUUCUUCUUUUUUAGCGGAUCUAAGUUGCCUAACGGAACUAGUUGGUGCCCAGAUUGCGUUGAGGCUGAACCUAUAGUGCAAGCUUACCUCAAUGAACUACAGAAAAGCAUUAUUUUCGCAUAUGUGGAUGUUGGAGACAGAGACUACUGGAAAGACAAAAUGUGCCCAUUCAGGACUGACCCCCGCACCAAACUCAUGGUCAUUCCGACACUGCUCCGAUGGAAAGGAGUCCAGAGGCUGGAGGGCAGCCAGUGUAAUAAGCGUGAGCUCCUGCAGAUUUUGUUCGAGGAAGAUGAAGAGUAAAGUGCAUUAAUAUGCAGGGUAAAGUCACCACUGACUAUAGGAAGAGCUGACAAUAUGGUAUACCCUAUGUUGACUUGAAAGUGUUCUUAAUUCAAAAUACACUAAACUUUGAUCUUCCCAUUUUACUAAGAUAUUGAUGUGAUGUUAAUUGUAUUUUGAGGUUAUUUAUGCACUUGGUUUUCCAGAUAUAAGUGAAAUUGGCAUGCUUUUAUAAUCUUUUAUGUAAAUAUAUGUAAUUAUUAAGA